AGCCCGGCGGGGAGGAGGGCAGAGACCAGUAUGCAGAGUCCAGAGGGCGUCUCCGAAUCCACGACUCCCGUGGCCCUGCGGACGUCCGCCGCCGUCCAAGCCCCAGUGGUCCAGCCGGUUCCCGCGUCGCAGCAGAGGGUUCUGGUCCAGGCGACGGGCCCUGCUCCCAAAGGGGCCCAGAUGCAGCAGCUCUCGGUUCCCAGAGUCCAGCAGGUCCCUCAGCAGGUGCAAACUGUACAACACGUCUACCCUGCUCAGGUUCAGUAUGUGGAAGGAGGAGAGACCAUCUACACCAAUGGAACCAUACGCACCGCCUACUCCUACAGCACCGAAGCUCAGAUCUACGCCCCGAGCAGUGCCUCGUCCUACUUCGAGUCUCAGGGGGGCAGCUCCCAGGUGAGCACGGCGGCGUCCUCACCCACAGGCAUCCCUUCCCACGGCAUGGUGGGCAUCUCGAUGGACAUCGGGGGAAGCCAGAUCGUCUCCGGCUCGGGAGCCUAUCUCAUCCACGGCGGGAUGGAGAACGCCCGGCACACCCUCUCGCAUGCCUCGCGCUCCUCUCCAGCAACGCUUGAAAUGGCGAUUGAAAACCUCCAAAAAAACGAAGGCAUAACGUCACACAAAAGCAGCUUGCUGAACAGCCAUCUUCAGUGGCUGCUGGAUAACUACGAGACGGCCGAAGGGGUAAGCCUUCCAAGGAGCUCUCUCUACAACCACUACCUGCGCCAUUGCCAGGAACAUAAGCUUGACCCAGUCAACGCCGCCUCCUUCGGGAAGCUGAUCCGCUCCGUCUUCAUGGGGCUGCGGACCCGCCGGCUCGGCACAAGGGGUAACUCCAAGUAUCAUUACUACGGCAUCCGCCUCAAGCCGGACUCCCCCCUGAACCGCUUGCAGGAAGACACGCAGUACAUGGCCAUGAGGCAGCAGCCCGUACACCAAAAACAGAGGUACAGACCGGCUCAGAAGUUGGACGGCGUGGCCGAGGGGGGCUCCAACAGCGGCCUGCACGCCACCCCGGAGCAGUCGGUCGCCUCUCAGAGCCAGCAUCACCAGCAGUUCAUUGAUGUUACCCGCAUCCUUCCGGAAUUCCCACCCCUGGACUUGGAAAAUGCUCUCCUGCAGGAGGGGAUCGCCAUGAACGACGUCAAGGCCCUUCAACUGCUUUAUCGGCGCCAUUGCGAGGCCAGCGUUGACGUGGUCACAAACCUCCAGUUCCACUAUAUCGAGAAGCUUUGGCAAUCUUUCUGGAACUGUAAGCCCCCCACCGGUGAUGCCUCCUCCUCCAUCCCUUCUAGCGAAGAGCCCUGCGAGGCCGUCGUCCCAAGGCACAAGCUGAUCACCAUGUGCAAAUAUGACCCGAUCAUGAAAUGGAUGCGAAGCUGUGACCAUAUCCUGUACCAGACACUGGUGGAAAUCCUCAUACCGGAUGUUCUGCGGCCCGUGCCCAGCACCCUGACGCAAGCGAUCCGUAAUUUUGCCAAGAGUUUGGAAGGCUGGCUCAUCAAUGCCAUGAGCGAGUUCCCCCAGCAGAUUAUUCAGACAAAGGUGGGCGUGGUGUGCGCCUUUGCUCAGACCCUGCGGCGGUACACCUCUCUGAACCACCUGGCUCAGGCAGCACGGGCCGUCCUCCAGAACACCUCCCAGAUCAGCCAGAUGCUCAGUGACCUCAACCGGGUGGACUUUGCAAACGUGCAGGAGCAAGCCUCGUGGGUAUGCCAGUGCGAAGAGGGCCUGGUCCAGAAGCUGGAGCAGGAUUUCAAGAUGACGCUCCAGCAGCAGAGCUCCUUGGACCAGUGGGCCAGCUGGCUCGACAGCGUUGUCACCCAGGUGCUGAAGCCGCACGAAGGGGGGCCGGGCUUUCCGAAGGCCGCCCGGCAGUUUUUGCUAAAGUGGUCCUUUUACAGCUCCAUGGUGAUCCGAGACCUCACUUUACGCAGCGCGGCCAGUUUUGGCUCCUUCCACCUGAUCCGUCUGCUCUACGACGAAUACAUGUUUUACCUGGUGGAGCACCGGGUGGCCCAAGUCACAGGCGAGACGCCCAUCGCGGUGAUGGGAGAGUUCAGCGACUUUGCCUCCAUGUCCCCAGCGCUCCUGGAUAAAGAUGACAUCAGUGACCUCGGCAGCGAGGCGGAAGGCGAUCCCCGGACCCCCGGCGAGCCACUCGUCAAACGUGAACGCAGUGAUCCUGGCCCCUCGUUGCAGGAGAUCUAG